AUGGCCUCUGAAGACGACGUGUCGCCGGAGCUCCUCCACCGCCUUCAGCGCUCGUGCUCCAUCAAGCGGUCCAACUCGACGCCCGAGUGCACCUGCGACGUCGUCUGCGAUGGCUCGUGCCGCCGCAUUUCGCGCCUCGAGAACGACGUCUCUGGCAGCGACAGCGAAGACGACGACGACGACCUUGCCGCCGGUGACGAUGACGGCGUCGACGUCGAUGCACCGCGGACCGACGACGACGACGAAGGCAUGCCAUCGAGUGGCGACGACGACGAGUGCAAGCCACCGCCUGCGUCAACGCCGUUGCCACCGCUCCAGGCCACGUCGGCCUUUGUGCCGUCGCCAUCGUCGCCCGUAAAGCCUCGCAGUCGAUCGCACCCGCCGCAGAUCAUCGAGUAUCUCUGGCGCGGCGAGGCGCUUGGGCUCGAGAUCUGUCGGUCCAAGACUCGCCACAGCGGCGCGCCGUACAGCCAGCCGCGCAUCACGCUGCGGUGGAAGCAAGGGCCGAUCGGCAUCACGUUUGGCAUCGAGAAGGCGACGCGGCAGGUGUACAUCAAGCGCGUCCAGCGUGAGUACGGCAACAUCCACCCGGGCUUCCUCCUCGUCUUUGCCAACGGUGCGGUGGUCUCGGAGCGCAACUUUGACGUGAUCAUGCAGGACCUCAAGCGCAACCACGACCUCGGCCGCGAGCAAACGCUCGAGUUUGUGCCACCACCGCCGCCUCCGAUGGCCCGGCUUCUGAGCGCUGAGAGCCCCCUCGCGCAGAUCGGCGUCACCCACCACUACGAACUUAUGCUGGUGGGCGAGACGCGGGCUUUGUACCUGACGUUGCCCGAGAUCCAGCAGCUGUUGCAGACGGCGCCGCGGCCGACGCGUCUCUCGUUCUGCUUCAACCCAGCUGCGCACGACGUCAUGGUCGCGCAGCGCCAGCGGGCGCCCGAGAAGACCGGGCCCUUCACAAUGGACAACCGAGCCAUCGCUGCCGCCGCCAUUGCCGCGGUCAUUUGCUUAUAA